GCCGGGCCCUUUUCUGGCCGGGCCGGGCGGCGGGCCCGCAGCCCCGGCGGAGCCAGGCGUCCGGCGCGGCGUGGUGGCGGCUGCCGUGCCCGGGGUUAUGCGCUGGGGUGAUGGUCCCGCCGGCCGGCGCUAGGCUCCUCCCGCGCCCGGGAGGGAGCCCCUACCUCAGCCUUCUCCUCCUCCUGGUGCUGUGCCGCGGCGGCGAGUGUCUGCCGCGCCACCGGCCCGCGGGGCCGCCCGUGGUGCUGGUUCCAGGGGACUUGGGUAAUCAGUUGGAAGCAAAGUUAGACAAGCCAUCAGUAGUGCACUAUCUCUGCUCUAAGAAGACAGACAGUUAUUUUACACUCUGGCUGAAUUUAGAAUUGCUUCUGCCUGUUAUCAUUGACUGCUGGAUUGAUAAUAUCAGGCUGGUAUAUAAUCGAACAAGUAAGACUACAGAACCACCAGAUGGAGUGGAUAUCAGAGUUCCAGGUUUUGGUCAGACGUUUUCCUUGGAAUUCCUUGACCCAAGUAAAAGGAGUGUUGGCAGUUACUUUUAUAUGCUGGUGCAGAGUUUAGUAGACUGGGGCUACAAACGUGAUGAAGAUGUAAGAGGAGCACCUUACGACUGGCGAAAGGCGCCAAAUGAGAAUGGAGACUAUUUUGUGGCCCUUCGCAAGAUGAUAGAGUUAAUGUAUGAGCAGUAUGGAAGUCCUGUUGUCUUAAUUGCCCACAGUAUGGGUAAUAUGUACACCCUCUACUUCCUCAACCAUCAGAGUCAGGAUUGGAAAGACAAGUACAUAAAGGAUUAUGUGUCAUUAGGCGCUCCAUGGGGAGGAGUGGCUAAAACUCUCCGUGUGCUGGCUUCAGGUGACAACAACAGAAUACCUGUUAUCAGUUCACUGAAGAUUAGAGACCAGCAGAGAUCAGCAGUUUCCACAAACUGGAUGCUCCCCUACAACUACACAUGGCCUCCAGAUAAGGUCUUUGUAAGCACACCUACAGCUAACUACACUCUUCGGGAUUACCAAAAAUUCUACAGGGACAUCAAUUUUGAAGAUGGCUGGCUCAUGAGACAAGACACUGAAUCCCUGGUCUACCAGAUGACACCACCUGGUGUGCGCAUACACUGUCUUUAUGGUACGGGUGUGGAAACACCUGAUUCCUUCCAUUAUGAAAGUUUUCCUGACAAAGAACCUAAGAUUCUUUACAGUGAUGGGGAUGGUACAGUAAACUUACAGAGUGCCUUGCAAUGUCAAAAGUGGGUGGACAUGCAAAAACAGGAAGUGGUGAUAUUUGAGCUUUCAGGAAAUGAGCAUAUUCAAAUGCUAUCCAAUGAUACUACUAUCUCCUAUGUGAAAAAGCUGCUUUUUGAUUUGUGAUACCUUGUGUUGACAGUUAUUUUCCUCACCUGUGAUGCCUUCCCUUAAAUAUGGGAAAAUGCCUUUCAAUCCCUUGAUAUUUAGAUAUUUGAAUUAUUUAUUUUGUGGUUUUUUUUUUUAAUGCUGUGUUCAAAAAGUUGUUUGGUAUCCUAAAUGAUUGUCUCUGGUUUGUUUUAUGAUGCUUCAUGGUAUUUUCACAUCCUGCAAAUUUGGUCAAAUAUGCAUUUUGGUGCCUCUGUUGUGUCCAGUAGUCAUGCAGACUUUUGUUUGGAGAUCGUGCAGCCCUUUGCACAUACUACAUAGAAUCACAGAUACCUGAGUUCCUUUGUGUGGUCUUUGCAGGGCUUGGAGUGGGAGGGCUAGGAGGACUGCAAUUUCAGAUGCCCAUAAAACAAGGGCAUGAUUUUAAUUUGGGAAGCGCAGUAAACGUUUAAAAAGGGUCUUGCAUAUUCUGAUCCACAGUUCCCUGUACCUUAGUUUGUAAAUGUGUGUAUCUACUAGGUAAGAUAGGGAAGAGGUCUGCCUGGUACUGUACUACCUUUGUCAUAAUCCAGCCUUUCUUUAUUACAGCUUUUGGAGGAAAGAAAUAGAUGUGUGAAUUACUUGAACUUGGGUAUUUUUUUUAGUUUCUUUUUUUAAAGAAGAAAUUGUUUGCUCAUUAACUGCUAGAACCUGAUCACAUACCAUCUGGAGUCUGAGGAAUUCUCACCUUGUGCUUCAUUUAUCAAUGAGGGAAAGAAGCUAAACAGUAGUUGGUGCUUGCAAUAACUGUAGCUGUAUGGAGUAGCAUAUAAAUAAAAGGUAACUGAAUUGAAUACUGGCAGAUAAUCCAUAAAGUGCGGAAUUGCAUUUCUGGGUGAAAAAUGAUCUCCUGUAGUGGAAAUGAUAAUGGAUGGUGGCCGUGAAUUCAGAAAGAAAAGUGAACUUCCUGAAAUGGGGUGGGGAAUGGAAGCCAGCCUAAUACAGCGUGAAGUAUAAACCUUGUUCCCAGUCAAAUACUUAAGCUCUGAUCCAGUUACUAAACAAGCAGUGACUGAUCAACAUUGCAUUCAUCUAAAAAGAAACCUUAUGUUUUAAGACUAGAAUCCAUUUCCCAUAGAUUACAGCUUUCAUUAUAUGCUGUUUCAAGUUGUUGAGAUACACUGUUUCUUAAAUGUUUCUAUAAAUUGCUGAACAUGCAGCUCUGUUAAUUUCCUACAGUAUUGUUUUACUCAAUGUUUAAAGACGAAAAAAUCAACUCUGAACUCCACAGAAAUGAUAGCCUAAAGGCCAUCAUACUUACAAUCUUGGUUACAGAAGUCCUGCUGGAGAAAGUUUCACUCAAAGUUCUUUUGCUUGCUUUAAAACCAGUCACCUAGCUAGACUGCACUUAAUUUUCUGAAAAUGCAAUUUGGAAUGCUUUCAAAAUGCUAGGUCCUCCAAGAAAAAAUGUUUUAAGAGUUUCAGAAACUCAUCAGAACUGUUGAGGAUUCAUUACUUAAGAAACUGAACUUGUCUAAAGGGUGAAGUUUUAAACUAUUUUGGUAGCGUGCAUAAAAUGUUUGUUGCCAUUACACCCAUCAAUAAGAUGUGUUGACAUAACAGGCUUGAAGUCCUGUUACUGUAGAAUGCAAACAUUUUGGCAUAGGCAGUACGUUUAAGGCUUUAAGUUUUAACUCGGGAAUGACUUUUAAAUCCAGAAAAACUGGAACUAGGGUCGUGGAUAAGCUAAUAUCUUCCCAGGUUUUAACUUCCAUGUGUAUCUUCAUUUCCCCCCUGCAUUUUCCCUAUUACUUUUGCUGAGGGAGAGUACACAUUUUCCUGAUUUUUAAAAUGGAACAUUUAUCUUGUCCUCAGUUGCCCAGGAACCUACAGUUCAGCAGCAAUAUUGCCUAGACUUUUCCAGAGUAAGUACUGAGCUGCCCAAACCAUUUGUAAUUGGUAACUGUUGAAAUGGAAAAGAACCAAAAAAACCCACCUCAACCAAAAAACCCAACAACAUCCCCCUGCCCCCCUCCCCCCAAAAAACCCAACCCAAACAACCUAAAUCGACAACAAAAUGCAACCCCAGAACAAAAAACAAACCCCCACAAAAAGUCCUUUAGCCAAGUGUUCUAUUUUAUGCAGGGCUGUUAGCUGGGUAAGCUUCAGGCUUGUGUUCCAAGACUUCUCAAAGAGGAUAAAGCUUUUUCUAGAAAAUGGCAUAUAACAAUCUGUAUUUCUUGCUGAAGUAGAAUGUCUGUUAAUAAGCACUGGAAUGAGUGGAGCUGGAGGCUUUAUUGCAGGAUACCAACAUGGGCAUCAAGGGCUGAAAAAAUGAGAAAACAUAGGUAAAUGGUUCUUACCCUGAUCUGGAGAAUGUUUCUAAGCUUCACUUAGAUCUUUACCUAUUGGUGGCAUUCUCAGUCUCAUAUCAAGAGUUUAGCUUCAGGGGUUUUUGAUUUGAAGUUCCAAAAAAAAAAAAAAAAGAUUCCAAAAGGUGUGCUUUUUUAUUUUUUUCUUCACUACUUUUUGUGCUCUAAAAGAGAUUUAUUUUUUAUUUUUUCUCAUUUUGGCAAUCUAGUACUAUUUCUGAGAUUAGUUGACUGUAUCCUUUAACCUAAAGAUGUGUAAAUCAGCUUUCCAUUAGUAGACAAGCCCUAGAGUGUGUCUCUAUUUAAAUAAACUUUUGUCAGUUAACUUUAUAAAAUGAAGCUGAAGAUUUUUCAGGGCUCUUUUUUUGUUGUUUGUCACUGUAAAGCCUUGUUGUGCAAGAAUGUGUGUACCUGAGUUCUAAGUACUGUGUUAGAGCAGGCACAGUGCUUCCGGUGAGAUCUUGAUUUGAUGUGAUAGUUCUGCAGGCUAUAGUUCUGUGUUUUUGUCCAGAAGUUGUGAUUUUUCUACCAAAUCAUCUUUAGCCCUCUCAUUUUCAGUUUCUUGCAUAUUAGGAUGAAGUUAUUGUUGAAAAGUGAAUGCCAGCAGGUAAACUACGUUAUUCCAGUAGCUGAAACUGAACCACUUCACUCAGCAUGUUGAGAAGUGCUUACUCACUGUGGCAUGUUCCUCUAUAAGGCAAAUGUAUUUAGCAUUACUGUUACAGGCCUGCUAGAGCCACGUGUACUUUGAGCAUUCCAGAUUCUUGUAGAGGUAGAGGUCUGAAGAAAUAAAUCUUUAAGUAGAGGAGAAUGUGGCCCUUCAUUAAGGGGAGUAACUCAGAUGCUUUGCCACAAUGCACAGUUGAAAUGUUUGAAUUUACUGAUAUAUCUUUGUUAUACCUAACACAUAUCGACCAUCUGUCUCUGUCCAUAACUUGGUUUUAUUCUUCCAGGAUAUUUUCAGAAACCAAAAAUAGUCUUGAGGACCAAAUGUGUUUCUUAUUUUUGACAAAAUGUAUAGAAAAUGUGAAGAAGCUUUCAGCUGUCAUUGUAAUACUUCUGAAGAGGUUCAGAGUCACUAUGUGAUUCUGUUUAAAAACAGAAGGCUUUGAUAACUAGCAAUAAUUGCAAAGGACUUGCAGACCAAAGGAAGGAAACGUUUGGUAUUAAGGUAGUUCUUGGAGCACAGUGUGGUCAAGGCCCUCUUAAAUUCAGGGAAUGUUUGGCAAUGACUCAGCUGCUCUACACUUAACAGUAUUUUGUACGGAACGUAUUCUGAGACCUAGCAUUUUAUAUGCUCUUUUUGUGUAUGAAUGCGUUCAAUAGAUUUUGAAUAUUUUAUUGUCAAACUUUGAUAAUGUAAUAAAGUUGAUCUAAUACA